GUAGUGUGUGUGUGGCGGCUCAAGACAACGCUCCCGACUGGGAAUUCUUUCCUCCUACUGUCUCUUUAUCUGCGGGCCGCCGACAACCAUGGUGUUGUGUCUGUGUGUGAGGUUAUGGUGGUUCUGCUGCGUGGUGACCGUGACCUGUAGCUACGUCUCCAACCUGCGUCCGUUUAGAGGUGUCCUGCAGGACCUAGGAGGACCACAACCACAACCACAGAAGGCAGAUGUUAGAGGAGGUGAUGCACUUUUCAGUCAGGCGGACAGCAGCAUCGCCAGUAACACCAUCACCAGGAGCCACUCGCCCGUACCACAGGAUGUCACUGACGCGCUGAGGGCGGGUCUUGAGAUCGCUCAGCAAAUUAUUGACCAGGAGAAUGCAAACGGGGAGCAGCUGCGGACGUCGUUUGUACAGCAGCCACUGGAGCAGAGCACCAUGUUCCUCUUCUCCUUCAGAAGGGCAGAGCCAGCAGCCAAACGCGCCGCCUCCUGCCAGGGUAGACUACUGCUCGAGGCCUCCAAGAACUUCACUAGAAGACACAACAUCGCCGCCCAAGACGCGCAGUUCUUCCUGGCCAGACUCAACACCAUGGUGGAGGCCGGGGCGUGCAAGAGCUUGAGGCCACGAGGCUGUGAGGAAGCCAAGGCGCCACCCCAGUGCUCACCCGACUACCCUUACCGGUCCAUCGAUGGCUCCUGCAACAAUCUGCAGAAUCCUCGGUGGGGCGCCGCCUCCAUCCCCUUUGUCAGAUACUUGGCUCCUGCUUAUGAGGACGGUGUUGAUGCUUUGAGGGGCGCUGGCAGGACAGGAUUGAGAAGGCUGCCGUCACCCCGGGCUGUGAGUUGGAUGUUACACGUGGGUGGGAACCGACCCCCUUUACCACACCUCACACUUAUGAUCAUGCAGUGGGGGCAGUUCAUGGAUCACGACAUUGUCCACACACCUGAAGCUGCAGGUGUGGACGAGCACGGGGAGACGAUGCCUGUCGAAUGUUGCCGGGAUGGGGUGGACACUUCAAACUUUUUUGACUUGACCCAAGACUGCCGCCCCAUCGACGUCUCCACCGACCCGCUAUUUUCCGCCAACGGGAGGACCUGCAUGAGAUUCGUCAGGUCACUCAUAGCAAGCAGGGACUGUCUUUUGGGCCCCCGGGAGCAGCUCAACCAAAUCACAGCGUAUAUAGACGGGUCAAUGGUGUAUGGGUCGACGGUGGAGGUGUCCCAGGAGCUGAGGCUGUACCGAGGAGGACGACUCAACAAGUCCAGCGCCCCCAGUGGCCACGGUCACUUCCUCCCUCGCUCUAAGUGUGAGCAUAGCGACGGCUUCUGCUUCAAAGCAGGUGAUGAGCGUGUGAACGAGCAGCCAGCCUUGGCCUCCAUGCACACGCUGUGGCUGAGGGUGCACGAGAACCUGGUGACUCAGCUGGCAAGGCUCAACCCUCACUGGGACGAUGAGACCCUCUACCAGGAAAGUCGUCGCAUAGUAGUGGCGUUGAUCCAGCAGACGACGUACCGAGAGUUCCUGCCACUGGUGCUGGGAGACAACCUUAUGCAGGAGUACGACCUCUACCCACGAACAAGGGGCCUCUACGACACCUACGAUCCCUCCGUCGACUCUUCCAUCGCUAAUUCCUUCGGCACCGCCGCCUACAGGUUCGGCCACACCCUGGUGAACGACGUGCUGAGGGGCUCCGGCAAGAACGUGACUCUGUCUGGUAGCUUCAUGGACCCUCACGUGCUGCACGAAUCGGGCACGAGUCCCUCUGACCUUCUGAGUGGCCUGGCCAACUCUCACUCCCAGGCAGCGGACUCGUACCUUGUACCUACCCUAACCAACAAGCUCUUCGCCCGCCCUGACGAGCCUGUGGGCCUUGAUCUGAUGGCUCUUAACAUCCAGCGAGGACGUGAUCAUGGUCUGCCGCCAUACACGGUGUGGCGGAAGGCGUGUGGACUGUCAGCUGUGUCCUCCUUCCCUCAGCUGGGCAAAGUCACGAGUCCCCAGGUGGCCUUCACCCUCUCCUCCCUAUACGGGAGUGUCGACGACGUGGACUUGUUCCCGGCGGGGUUGGCAGAGACGGCUUUGUCCGGAGGUCUCCUUGGUCCCACACUCUCCUGCAUCAUCGCUCAGCAGUUCUCCAACCUCAAGAAGGGUGACAGGUUUUGGUACGAGAACCUUAAUCAACCCAAACCCUUCGCAAUAGGUCAGUUAGACAGCAUCCGACAGAUAAGUCUGACAGGGGUGAUGUGUGAGCACCUCCGCCUCUCUCACCUCCAGCCGCGACCCUUCCUCACUACCGAGGUUCCAGGGAACAAUCCUCGCCCUUGUUCCACCUACCAGCGGCUCAACCUGAGAUUGUGGCGAGAGAAAGCGUCUAUAGCAUUCCCCACCCAACCGCCUAUCACCCAGCCGCCAAUUACGCCUAUCACCCGGCCACCAAUCACGCCUAUCACCCCCAUGAGUCAAUGUCAUGGUGUGGGUGUGUGGACGAGGCUGCCGGGGAUCGACCAGUGGUGCUCCUUCAAUUGUUUUCACAGCGUCCCGUUCUGCCCGCCCAGCCACUGCAACUGCUCAUCGUCUCACCCCAGACCUCCAUACCUAUAGUGCCACAACCACCAUACUUAGUGCCACGACCACCAUACUUUGUGCCACGACCACCAUACUUAGUGCCACGGCCACCGUACCUACCGUGCCACGGCCACCACACCUACCGUGCCACGGCCACCACACCUACCGUGCCACGGCCACCACACCUACCGUGCCACGGCCACCAUAACUACAUUGCCAUGACCACCCUAACUACAGUAUGCAACCACCAUAACUACAGUGCUACGACUACUAUAACUACAGUACCACGACCAUCCUGCAUAAAAUGCAAAGGCCACCAUAACUACAGUACUACGAUCACCAUAACUACAGUGCCAUGACCAUCAUACCUACAAAGUAAAAAGUAAAUACCGCAACUCCUUCCUUCUUCUAAGAUGGCACCUCCCUCCCUCCCUCCCUCCAAGAGAGUUGGGUUCAGCUUUAGUGAUAAUUUUGGACAUUAAUCUACCGAGAUGAGUCGGGCUUUACUCAAGAGGUGUAUCACAGUAUAGUAAAGUCAUGAUGUAUUUUGAACGUGUGUGUGUGUGUUUUCCCAACAAGUGAUUUUCUGACUGUACAAACACCAUACAAAUGUUUUAGUUACACACACACACAGUCCAAAAACAUCACCCUGUCAACUUUGAACCCCCUAUAAAAUGACCUCUCUGAACACUCCACUGUAUAAUAGUCCUUACUGAAAUGUUUAGUUCUAAUUUACUAUACAUCGUACACGUCUAUGGACUCAAAUGUUUAAUAAUAAGAACGAGACUUGACUGCAGACGUAACAAGUGGCACAGUGUUGUACUGAUGGGGGACGUUUUGUGACAAAGGCAAAUCUGUGUUGACAAGAUAAUAGCGAAUCUGUGUUGAGGAUAACUUGGUCUAUAUCUCCACAUGUAUUGUAGUUAUUGUCCAGAAACAAAAAUAUGCUCGUCAGAAUGUUAGUGUUACUUGAGCUGUGACCUUAUUUAUGUAUAAAAAGUUCUGUGUA